AUUUAGACCCCAGUCUCUCCCAGGCACUCGGACCCAGCUGUCCGGAGGACAGGAGGUCCUCACCAAACUCUUUGCUCCAUUCUUCCUGUUCCUUCUCCUGGCUGUCUUCACCUUCUCUUUAUACUUUUGUCUUCAUUACUUCAUGGUCUAACACGGUAGCCAGGCAUCUCUGGCCUCUCUGUGCAGCCUGCUGUGUGCGAUCUGAUGCUCCUUCACCGAUCACAUUGUCUCCACAGAGGCAGACCCCCCGGUCUUCCUGGCCAUGGAUUCCUUUGCAGAGGUCCCCUUGUUUGAGAUGGAUGAGUAUGAGGAAGAAGAAGUUCUCUCGGUGAGGAGAAGAGGUGUCUGUACAUAUGCCACGUACCCCAUGGCGCCCCCUGCAGGAACAGAUCCUGACACCUACAUUUACAUGAAUUUCAUGAAGAGUCACAGUUGCUACGAUGCCAUGCCCAGGAGCUCCAAACUGGUCAUCUUUGAUACAACGCUGCAGGUGAAGAAGGCUUUCUUUGCUCUGGUGGCGAACGGAGUGCGGGCGGCGCCGCUGUGGGACAGCAAGCUGCAGUGUUUUGUAGGUAUGCUAACCAUUACGGACUUUAUUAACAUCCUUCAUCGUUACUACAAGUCUCCCUUGGUUCAGAUCUACGAACUGGAAGAACACAAAAUAGAGACAUGGAGAGAAAUAUAUCUCCAGUAUUCAGUCAACAGACUCAUCAGCAUCAAACCUGCAUCCAGUUUGUUUGAUGCCAUCUACUCCCUGCUAAAGAAUAAGAUCCACCGGCUCCCAGUUAUUGACCCAGCUUCUGGAAAUGUCCUCCACAUCCUGACUCACAAGCGGAUCCUCAAAUUCCUUCACAUCUUUGGAUCCAUGAUUCCUAAACCCAGGUUUCUUCAAAAGCAGAUCAACGAGGUGCCGAUUGGUACCUUUAGGGAGAUUGCAACAAUCCAGGAAUCUGCCUCUGUCUAUGAAGCUCUGGCUAUUUUUGUGGAAAGAAGAGUGUCAGCCCUGCCUGUGGUUAAUGAACAAGGUAAAGUUGUGGCACUGUACUCCAGAUUUGAUGUCAUUAACCUCGCUGCCCAAAAAAACUACAACAAUUUGAACAUGACAAUGAAAGAGGCCCUCGCAUCACGAUCCUGCUGGGUUGAAGGAGUCCUUAAAUGUUAUCCACACGAAACACUGGAGACCAUCAUCGACCGCAUAGCUAAAGCUGAGGUUCAUCGACUAGUUUUGGUCGACAGAGAAGAUGUGGUGAGAGGGAUUGUCUCUCUGUCUGAUAUUCUGCAAGCCCUGGUUCUCACUCCUGCAGCAGUCUCUCCAGUCUCACAUGAACCGUUGACACCCUUACCUUCAAAGUCCAUCUCUCCUUUUUCGAGCCAGUGUCAUCACUUCCUUCUCCCAAAGUUCCAGCCAGCAUUUCCCAGGUUUGCAUACCUUCCUCUUGUUCCAAGCAAAGAGGUUUUAAUCCAUUGUCGUGCCUCACCUCCACAUCCUAUCAGAUAUUUACAAGUGGCCAACCUUUCAAGUCUGAAGAAAACAAGAUGGCAGCGGACGAUGUAAAACGGGACGAUAACAAAGCAGAGCUUAACAGCAGCCAACGGGAGGGAUGUGUAAAGUGAGGACAGACAAGUUGGACUUUGACACCACGUUGAAGGUUGUCCCUUUCUCAGAUAAAACCUCCUGAUGGCGAACAGAAGAAAAGCGGGAAAAGUGAAACUGAAGACACGAAAACACAUUAAACUGCCUUUGAAUUGAGACACAUUAAUGGUGGGUGUGACAUUGUGACAGAAAACAAUUAUUUCUUAUUCAAAGAUUGAAUGUUGGAACUGUGAUGAUGCUUAUACUGAGAUGUACUUACAGUCUUAUCACUGUGAAAAAUAAAUGUAUAACUGUG